UUUAUUUUGACAGUCCGUAACAAAAACAGCUCGUGACUGACCGGAUGACUUCAUUAAGAGAGUCACGUGAUCAGCGUUCUCUAAAGUAAGGAUGUGAGACAGAAACGAUCAUAUAGACAGCGCAUUAGUGUUUUCGAGAGCCUGCGCUGACAUGAACUAUCGGGUGUACUGGGUUCACGCGGCGGCGCUGCACUGUUGGAUUGUGGGAUCGCUCGCUUCCAGCGUCGGCGGACAGCAGGUCUGGCCAGUGCCUUACAAGCGACUUGACAGGCGUCCAGAUGUUGACCCCUACUGCCAGGCGUUAUACCCGUUCUGCCCGAGCGGGGACCCGGGCGGCCGGAUACCUGCGAUGAGAGACUCGGACGUCGUGUCCGUGUUCAGGCUGCAGACUCCGGUGUGGGAGUUCAAGUACGGGGACGCGCUGGGGAAGCUCCACAUCAUGCACGACGCCGUCGGCUUCGGAAGCGCGCAGACGGGGAGAAACUUCACCGUGGAGUGGUACGAGCUCUUUCAGCUGGGCAACUGCACCUUCCCGCACGAGAGAGCGAGCGUGCGCGCGCCCUUCUGGUGCAACCAGGGAGCCGCGUGCUUCUACGAGGGCAUCGACGACCUGCACUGGAAGCAGAACGGGACGCUGGAGAAGAUCGGGGAGCUUUCAGGCGAGAUGUUCAACGAGGUGGCUCGCUGGGUUCAGGAGGACAACCAAACGGGUGUUUAUUAUGAGACUUGGACGGUUAAGUCAGAUCCCGGUGCAAACGCCACAACAUGGUUCGAGUCCUACGACUGCUCUCAGUUUGUGCACCGCACGUAUAAGACCUUGCUGGAUAUGGGCGCCCAGCUGUCCAGCCCAACGCCCACCUAUUACACCAAGAUCUAUCUGUUCAGCGGAGAGCCGCUCUAUUUGGGAGACGACGCCAUCUUUGAGCAGCCUUCCACGAAAGGCCUGGCCGCAGACAUCAAGAAGUUCUACCACGCGUUUCGCUCUCACCAGUCGGUCGUAGAAAUGAUCGAGAGCUUGCUGGAGGCUUUCGAAAAGACGGUCCUGGAGAAGACCUUCUAUUUCUACUACAACUCUCAAUAUUGGAAGCUGCCUAUGAAAUACCCUUACAUUAAAAUAACCUACGAGGAGAUUUCUUUACCGUAACCACCAUAUUUUUUCCCUAAACAAUAUUAAAGUUAUUUUUGCUACUAAAUAAAAUGACAUUUUUUUUUUAAUGCUUUUUUAUUCCUAUUCCAGAUUUUUCGUAUAAAGCGUUUAAUAAUUUAUACUAACACAAUAAUCCUUUAAUGUUUUAUUGCUGCGACUGCAUUGAUGAAUAAAUGAUCUGUAAAGCAUCCACAAUUUUUCCACACAAUGUUUAUUUGCCCUUAUUUCAAUAAAAGACAAUGUUUUUUACGCACAAACACAAAGAAACAAUGCUUUUAUAUUCGCAAUACAAGCAAUAUGCUCACUUGCUUCAGAAAAAAUAAAAAUAAUCAAAUCAAAUGCAUUUGUCGUGUGUACGUUUUACUCAUUUCCUAUGCUCAGGAUUACACGUUGAUGCAACAAGCUAGUCUAACAAAAAGCUUCUUGUGUCAAAUCGGCAAGCUACGCGCUGCUGACUAAAGAAGAGCUCGUGGAUUUGUGUGUGCGUGUCAACUGCUGGGCUCUGGCUUCCCUUUUCCGAUCAUUUUUAGUAAUAUUUCACUUUCAAAUGCUGAGAGGAAUCGCAGUUCACUUGAUUUAGGCUCUACAACCAUUAGCGAAAGCUAAAACCGCUUUAAAUCCGGAUAACUGGUUCAAAUGAAUCAUGGUUACUGACUUUACAAACAUUAAACCAACAAGGAGCCUCUUACUCAAAGCUCAACUAUCAAUGUAAGCCGAUUAAUAAUAAUAAAAAAUACGCAUCAAUAAAUUACACCGAUCAAAUCUAAUUACAAGGGUACGAAGAUCCAUCAAAGAGUAAUACCCACUCAUCUGAAAGAGAUCAGCACGGGUACACUUCAAACCUCCACAGAGGGCGCGCGAGAAAUAAGUAUUUCUAUUUAUAUCAAACACACAGCAUUUUUAUAUACAGACACGUGGGACUUCCUUCUUAAAGGAAAAUGCUUUCGCUGCUUCACUCCAAUACUGGAUCAUAUUGAACUGAAACCAAGGGGCACAUUUUAACGCAGCCAGACCGUGCAUAUCCAGAGUAAUUCGCAUCCCGUUCGAUUUGCCGUCGCACGACAUUCUUCACGCAAUCUAAUAAAAUCUAACUCAACGCUUCAUUGUAUCCCUUCACCAUUUUCUUCCAAAUUAUAGGACGCCAGUGAGCCGAACACCGAUCCUUUCACCUCCUUCCCCUACGACAUACCCAAGACCGUAAAAACACGCUGUUUUAUCACCCUGCUACACCAAAAUACGAGCCACCUUUAGCUUUCUACUCACCUGAACCACCAAAAACUGAUUCCAAUUUGGUAUAAGGUGCAUAUUAUUCACUAUACAUCUUUGUACAAAAGCACUGCAAUACCAAACCUCUUAUAUUACAAAACGUUCGAAUCGCGUAAAAUAUAGUUCCAUCGACUAUCUACAUAAAGCCGAAAGCCCAACCCUGAUGGUCCUGCGCUACUUUUUAGGUUCAUCUUCGUGUUGGCGAACACAGUGAGAGGCCACUAGUUAGCAAGAGACAACCGCUCUCACUAGUUCUAUGGCUUUUCAUGCCACUAAGAGGAGCCGCUGAAGGCUCCUAGAGAGAGCCUGCCGUUCAAAGCAGAUUCAGAUUGGUCAGUUUAGUCAAAACAAUGCUGGGAUGGGCUCUAACAUCCCCCGCGGACAGGCGUUUGGGUGAAAAAAAGGAUGGUUGGUUGCUUAAACGUUGAGCCACUGAAGACAUACAGAUACACAGCGGGACUAAGAAAGAGUGAAGAGUCUGCUGAGAGCGUCUACAAAGACAGAGAGCCUGUUCAUCUAAAUACACGAGUGAUGAAUAUCUGCAUCGACAUGAACUCAUUUCAGUUGCAGGUUCUUUUCUAGAUUCAAUUUCUCAUUUUUAUCCUGCACGCAACCUGAAAACGUAACUUACAGUAUAUACAUGCCAUGUACGGCGAUCCUUGAUUUAGGUUUAUAAAAGGAAAUGUCAAUAG